GGAGGAGGAGGAGGAGGAGGAUGGCGGAGCCGCGCCGGGUGCCGUUCAUUAGCCUGUCACCCGUGAGGCGCCGCGAGGGCGAGAGCCCGGCGCUGGAGCGGGAGCCGGCGAGCCGCGAGCCCGAGCAGCCGCCGGCGGGCCGCGAGGCGCCGCUGUUGGCGCCGCCGGAGCCGCCGCACGAGCUCUGCCGGCCGGAGCCGCCGCCGCCGCCGCCCCGCGAGAGCGCCGCCCGCCUGGAGCCGCCCCGCGAGACCGGCCGGCCCGAGCAGCAGCAGCAGCGGGAGCCCCCCCGGCCCGAGCCGCCGCCGCCGCCGCAGCUACCGCCGCCGCCGCGCCAGAGCAGCCGGCAGGAGCCGCCGCCGCCGCAGGAGGCGCUCCCGCUCCGCCAGACGGUCCGCCUGGAGGUGGUGCUGAAGGACCCCACCGAGGAGGGCUGCGUGGAGUUCAGCUACCCGGAGCUGCUGCUGUGCGGGGACUCGCGGAAAAAAUUGGUUCACUCGGAAGACCCAUUUAAUGAUGAACAGCGUGAGCGACAUGAAGUAGAAAUGCUAGCCAAGAAGUUUGAGGCAAAAUAUGGUGGAAAGCCCCACAAACAUCGGAAGGAUCGCCUGCAGGAUCUAAUUGAUAUAGGUUAUGGUUAUGAUGAAACGGACCCUUUCAUUGAUAAUUCUGAAGCGUAUGAUGAAUUGGUUCCUGCAUCCCUGACAACCAAAUAUGGAGGCUUUUAUAUCAACACUGGUACGCUGCAGUUCCGCCAGGCAUCUGACUCAGAGGAUGAAGACUUUGCAGAAGACAAAAAGCAUAGGCCACCUAAAAUAGCAAAGUUAAAAGAAAGUGAAGAUCGUGGAAUGAAGAAGCGCAAGCGGAAAGAUGAAGGGACAGAAAAGGAGAAGAAGCCUCGGAAAAUGAAAGUUCCUAAGCAGUUGGGAGUAAUGGCCUUAAAUUCACACAAGUCUGAAAAGAAGAAAAAGAAAUUGUAUAAAGACUCACUCUCUCUGGCUGCCAUGAUCCGUAAAUUUCAAAAGGAGAAGGAAGCCAUGAGGAAGAAGGAAUCUAGUCCAAAACCUCCAGUGACUGUUGCAACCUCUACCCCUAGUAAAAUUCCUUCCUCCUCUCUCAGUGCAGGAAACGAUAUCUCUGACUUGAAUCUUAGGAUCAAUGAUCCUGUCCUCUCCAUUUUUGGUAGCACAAAUGAACCUGAGCUCCUGCAAGAAGCUGAAAGUGCCCUGGAGAUGCUGGGAGACAUUGACUUUGACAAGUUGCUUGAUGGCACUUCUGAUGGCAGCCCGGUAUCUGAGCUGUCAGGAGAAAAUGGAAAUGUCACUCAAGCAACCUACACCUCUCAGGUCAUGACACCCAAGCAGGUGCCUGCCCUCCCAGAAGGUCUGCCUAUGCUACUUGAAAAGCGCAUUGGAGACCUUCGAACAGCUGCCAAGAUGUUUGAUGAAGAAGGCAGGAAGAAGUUUUUCACGCAAGACAUGAAUAAUAUUCUGCUGGAUAUUGAGCUACAGUUACAGGAGAUAAAUCCUGCCAUCCGCAAUGGAGUGUACUCUCACCUUGAGGCUUUUGUCCCAUGCAAUAAGGACACACUGAUAAAGCGUCUGAAGAAGUUACACCUCAAUGUCCAGGAUGACCGCUUGAGAGAACCACUGCAAAAGCUGAAACUGGCUGUCAGUAACGUCAUGCCUGAACAGUUAUGCAAGUAUCAAGAGGACUGUCAGGCCCGCAAUCAAGCCAAGAAUGCCAAGUUGCAAGCGGAAGAUGAACGAGAGAAAAAUGGAUCAGAGGAAGAUGAUGAUGAGAAACCUGGAAAGAGGGUUGUGGGACCCAGAAAGAAGUUUCAUUGGGACGACACAGUGAGGUCUCUGUUGUGUAAUCUUGUCAAGAUCAAGCUGGGAUGCUAUGAGCUAGAGCCAAAUAGAAGUCAGUCUGCUGAAGAUUACCUCAAAACGUUUAUGGAAACAGAAGUGAAACCACUUUGGCCUAAAGGCUGGAUGCAGGCAAGAAUCACCUUAUGUUUCUUUUCUCACCACUCUUUUAGGAUGCUUUUUAAAGAAAGCCGAAGUGUUCACAAUCACCUCACUUCUGCUCCGGCAAAGAAGAAGGUGAUUCUGGCCCCUAAACCCAAAGUGAAGGACUCCAGUCCAAAGAAAGAACAGAAAACCUGUAUGUCUUCAGUCAAUUCCAGUUGUGCUACUCUACUGAGUUCCAGCACACCUGUCUGCACCCCAGCCAGCUCUAUCUGCACACCAGCUCCAGAGACUAUCUGCUUGGAUGACUCACUGGAUGAAGACCUCUCUUUCCACCCACCCUCACUGGACUCUAUUUCUGAUGCUCUGGCAGUUAUCAAUAAUGGUGCCAAGGGAUCACCUCUUGGGUCUACCAUAGACACACCAACAUCCAGACCUCGCCCUGGGCUGAGGGAAGAGAAACUAGCAAGCAUUAUGAGUAAGUUGCCCCUGGCAACUUCAAAGAAAGUAGAGCCCACUCAAACACCCCAUUCAUCAAGUCUUAUUGCUGGUCACACAGGGCCAGUACCAAAGAAACCCCAGGACCUAGUUCACACUGGUAUCUCUUCAGGCCUUAUUGCUGGAUCUUCAAUUCAAAAUCCUAAGGUUUCCUUAGAGCCUUUGCCAGCCAAACUACUUCAGCAAGGACUACAGAGGUCAAGCCAGAUCCAAGCUGCUUCCUCCUCUUCGCAGACUCAUGUUUCUUCCUCUAAGACCCAAGCAGCUAUUUCCACCUCCUCUCAAAGAACCAAGGAUGCUAAUAUCUUGGUAUCAUCUUCUGAGGCUCAAGGUGGUUCUUCUUCAACAUCACAAGUGACAAAGGUGCACCAGCAUUCAGCUGUACAGCAGAAAUAUGUAUCUCCUUUACAAGCAACUAUUAGUAAAUCACAGACCAAUCCAGUGGUGAAAUUGAGUAGUAAUCCCAAACUGUCUUGCUCAUCACCAGUCAUCAAGGCUCAAGAUAAGUCUGUAGUAUAUCGCCUGCCUUUGUCUAAUCCCUCAUCUGGAAGCAGCUCUCAAGUGUCUCACCCACUGGUUUCUCGGACAACAUCCAGCACCUCUACCUCCAGUAACUAUUUAGCCAAGGCUAUGGUGUCACAAGUUUCUUCCCAGGGUUUCAAGCCUCCCUUUUCCAUGGCUGCCUCUCCCAAACCUGCUGCCUCUCCCAAGCCCACUGCAUCUAAGCCCUCUGUGACACCCAAGCCCAAUGCAUCACCUAAAUUUUCAUCCAAGUCCACCUCAUCCCCCAGGCCUGCAACAACACCCAGUUCUUCCAGUUCAAGUGCACUAGUUUCCCAGAGUAGUCACUCCAGCAACAACCCCCUUCAUAAACAGACCAGUGGUGUAAAUAUCAGCAGGCAGUCUCCCACAAUGAAUUUGCUGCCCUCUAAUCGCACCUCAGGCCUUCAGCCUGCAAAGAACCCUCAGGCUUCUUCAAAAUUGCCCAACUCUUCUCCUUCUGGAACUGUUGGUAAAAAUAAUUUGGGUGGAGUUGGAAUGAAUGUACCUGCCAGCAGAGGUAGUAACCUUAACUCAAGUGGAGCUAGUAGGACUAGUCUGUCUGGGGGAGCAGGAAGUGGAACACAGGGUGCUACUAAACAAUUGUCAACUCCACACAGACCAUCUUCUGCCUCAGGGUCUCCAGUUGUAACAGCCAGCGUGCAGUCAACAGCAGGAGCGUCAUUACUGGCUAACGCCUCACCUCUGACUCUCAUGGCAUCACCCCUGUCUGUAACCAGUCAGAAUGUGACGUCUGCACCAUUAACUCCUUUUGGGAUGCUGGGUGGCCUUGUUCCUGUGACCGUGCCCUUCCAGUUUCCCUUGGAGCUGCUUGGCUUUGGGACGGACACAGCUGGAGUGACAACCACCUCGGGAUCUACCUCAGCGGCUUUCCACCACAGCCUAACUCAGAACUUACUGAAGGGUUUACAGCCAGGUGCUCAGCAUGCAGCAACGCUGUCUCACUCACCUCUGCCUGCUCACUUGCAGCAAGCUUACACAGAUGGAGGCCAAAGUAAAGGGGACGCUAAGUUACAGCGGAAAAACCAGUGACUUCCAGACAAGCAAGGGAGCUGAAGCAGUUCUGGUUGGCUGACAGAAUCUGCCCAGUUGGGAAAGUGCUUAUUGUCACAGGGCUGCUGUUUCUGUCGAUGUUUACAUAUUCUGAUCCCAAGCACUGUGGUGAGAGGAAGAAGAAAAAGAAAACAAUACUUGAUCAAAGAGAGAAGGAAAAGGAGGACUGGUCCUCCUGGUCAUGCAGACUGGUCAUAGUUUGAUCUUGCCUAAAGAAACAAGCUUUUUUUUAUCUGCUCUGAUUGGCUUUUAAAAGAAAUUGAUCGUCAAACCCACAGCAGCACAAACUUUUUUUUUCUGGGUGAUGUCCAAUGAAGAGUUGAAAGUGUGAGAAGCUAGAAUAGGUUUCUCCAUCCGUUGUGUAAGGUGGAAUCAUCCACUUCAUUAGUGCUUGAAGUGCCCAGUAUAAGAUUAUGUGUAGGUCCUGAGUGUACUAUAUGGUUGUGGACCAAAGGUUAUGUAGAGUAGAGGUGGUGCUGGGAUACUUUGCAUUGUAAUUAAACCCUUACACAAGUGCAGUUUCUGAUACGGGCAUUUUUCCAGCUUUACAAGGCUGUUUGGCUUUAGGGAGCCUACAGAUGUAUGCAGUCUCAUUAGAGAGUUGUCUUCAAAAACAGAUCUCCUGGUACAUUGAGAUGUGAGACACAGACUACUGGGAAAUCCCUUGCUCCUUGUUUGAUUUAUAUUUUUUUUAAUAUAAAGAUUCUUAUUUAAGGGAGGAAGGAGAUGGAAAUUUUUCCAUUUACAUGAAAAGGAAACCCACAUUUUAUUGGUCAGACUAGCAUUUCGUUCCCACUUUUUUUUUUAAAGGCACACUGAUUUUUUUCAGUCCUUCCAUUUGUUGAACUUUCUUUUUCUUUGCCUUGUGCUUAUCUGCUACUGAAAUUAAGUAAUGUUCUAUUCAUGUCUUUCAUAAAACACAACCAGUUCUUUACUCAUUCUACAUCUUCCUCAUCUUUCAUCUAACUCUUCCCAAAAGCCAUGCGUUAUACUGAUAUGCUAGUUAAAGCUGAUUGUGACCUAUUCCGGAUACAGGUUAAUACUACUUCAGGCAUUAGCCAAAGAGGAGUCGUUCAAAAGUGACCAGAGGUGCCUUCUCUUCUGGGGGCUGAAUGGGUUGUCUCCAGCAUUUCCAGCCCCUGCUGGCCUGGGGAGUUCCUGACCUGAACUCUUCCUUGCAUGGUAGCACAAGACUGCAAAGCUGGCUUUUUUGGUUUUUUUGGAUAGCAGUACAUUGACUGGUUCAUUUGUAAGGUUAGAAGUAUCCAGCACAUGUUGCACUUUCAACACUAGGACAGAACUUUGCUGUUGAGUCCCUUGCGCUGUCAGAUAAAAGGUGAGAAUGGCAGAAACUGAAAUAAGUCAUAGGAGAAAGGAGCAAAUAAAAUAGUAUGAUGCUCUUCUCCUUCAACCCCCAAACAUUCCUUUGAUCAGAGAUGCUGAAACUCCUAGUAGCUAGUCUUUCCAGUAGUUUGAUUUGAGAUUGAACCAGGGACUACUGGUUAUCUCACACCUUCCAGAGAGACUUUUACCCAUGGAUAAUGAAUCUUCAAUGUUUUUUGCUAGAUUAACUUAUAGCUUUCAGGUUUCUUUUACAUGUGAUUUAUUUUUCUUAGACCAGCCAACAAUUUCUUUUCUAUUUAGAGCUCAUUUUAAUUUUAUAUAAAUAUAUAUACGUGAAUUUAAAAUAAUAUAUAUUGUGUAUUUAGUAUAAAAAUGUUGGGUUGAGCUCAGCAAUAAAUGUUUUUGCACAACACUUCUGUGAAAGACAGAUUGAAUUAAAAUAAGAUGCAUUAGUUCGUUAAUUUCACUCCACAGCAUCUGCCAAUUAAAAGCUUUUUAGCUAGUGCUACUGUUUUGUAUGUGGUGUGUUGAUUAGAUAAGCUUGCAUCUCCAUCAUCAAGGUUAUUUAUAGUUGAAACAUAAAGCUGCGUAGACUCUGGCAUUCUUAAUACUGUGUAAAUUCUGUCAAAAUACCAUAAACUAUUUAGAAUGCAAGCUUUACCUGAAUUUUUUUUUUCCUCUUUUCUCCAGGAAGGGUUGAAGAAAGACGACUCUUGUUUUUUGAGGCCUAACAGUUCUGGCAGGAUGCUAAAUCUCUGAACUGUGUCAAACCUGGUACUUCUUAACAAUGCACGUAGCUAAGGGAGUUGCAGCAGUGAGCCAUCAGGCAGCAAUAUAUUUAAAAGACCCUGUCCUAAGAGAGUUCUACCUCUUCUAUGUUUUUCCUCAUCAAGGCAUCUCAUUCAAAUUGCCAUCUUUUUGUCUUCAUACUAAAUGAAAUUUUAGAUUGGGAGGCUUGGAGCCCUUUAUAACUACAGCACAAAUUUCCUUUCAACAUUCCUCUCUUCCUGGAAGUAUGCCUCAUCUUCAGUUGAGGAAUAUCCUCUAAAUCUUAAGGAGGGUAGGAGUAGUCCUGUCUGUGUGGCCUACUGAGCUUCUCAGUCUUGGGAAACAAGUAAACUAAUAGUUACUGUGGAAAUAGGUAGUAGAAUGAUGAGAAUAAAGAUGACCAUACAUUGUUUGUGAAGCCAGUUCAAACAGCCCCCCAAAGGGUAACUGGUUUUGGUCAUUAUGCUCCUGAGCUUCUUUGGAAUCAGCAAAUAGCGAUGCAAGGGUUUGCAUUCCCUGUUCCCUAUUCUCCUGGUAAAACCUAGCAAGGCCAAAUCAAAGGAAAUAAUAGCGUGGCUCCCAGAGACCUUUGCAGGUAGCGUAAACAGGAUGGGGAAGUGAAAGAUUUCUGCAACGUCCAAAUGCAAAAUUAGGUAAAUGUUUUACUAUUUUCUGCACAGCAGCUCUUCUAAAGACAUUUUCCCCCCAAGUUUUUACUACUUUUUAAGGGCCUUUGUUAAUAAAUAAACUGUAGUUGUACAUACUAAAUAACCCUCAGUAUUCACAAGCAAUAAGAAAGCCAAGUAGAGCUGUCUUUUCCAGGCAGCAGGGCUGAACUUGGUUUGGGGACUGUAGGUGAGCUAACAUGUCAAGCUCACUGAAAGCCCCAAACAAAUGCAAGCAAUAAUUUCAAACACAGGUUUUAGAUGUUAAAACCGUCUGGGUAAUAUUUUCUGCUACAUGAUCCAAAGUCCCAAAAGUCGUGUUAGCUAUUUUAAAUCCUUUGGAGACACUUGCAAAGAAAGGCGGCAGGCUAGAUGAAAAACAGGCUGCAAGGUUUCCUGAUACCUUGAACUGUAACUGCAGUGUUCUCCCACUCCAAGAUGCAAAUGGCCUAAAUCACUUUGUCCAGCCUUCUCUGUUGAUUUGAGAUACAUGACUAAUACUGAUCAACUAAGUCACAAGUGUGGAUGCUGUGGGUUUCACAUCUGUUUUCUGCUAAUCAGAAGUAACUUUUAAUUACCUGGGUUCUGCUUCUUGUUUGAAUCCGAUCAAAGUUGUCUGAUGCACAUAUUUGUGGGUGGGACAGGUGCCAAGAGCCUGCUUCCUUCCCACAGUCCCAUCACCUGACCCUUCCUCCACACUCCUUCUCCACUUGGUGCAAGACCCUUGAGGACAUGAAAACAGAGAAAACCUGCAACUCUCCCAAGCUGCCAUCAGUUGUGUGAACCAUUAACCCUCUGGGAGUCAUCUUGGACUCCAACUAACUUUUAUCACAUUUGCUGCUACAUUCAUAAAAUGAACUUUUGGCUGUAUUUAUUAGCAAAUCUUAAUCUAGUUUACAGGUUUUUUUGUUUUCUUUUGAGUAGUUUUUGCCCACAGAUGGAUUAGAAGUGUUGGGGUGUUUGGGUUGGUUUGGGUUUUUUUUUCAUUGGUUUUUGUUUUGUGUUUUUUUGAGUGAAUUGGUGAAGGCACAGUGGUCCCUCUUCUGCUUUUGUUUUGGAUUUUUUUGAAGAUGGCAUUGCAGGGAAAACCUGCAGCCAAGCCAAGCUGUGGAAGGCUUCCUUCCACACCUAACUUUCAUCUUUUGUUCAAUUGGGGUGGGUGGGGAGGGAGAAAUCAUUAAAGGGACACUUGCUUUUUGUUUGGGUUUGGUUGUUUUGUUUUGUUUUUUCCAUAAAAUGAACCAGAAGGUGAAAGCAGUACGUAAAUGAUUGAUUAAUUAACACUUUAUGCAAUUUUAAUUUUAUAGAAAUUAAAAAAGGUUGGUAGAUUUUGAAUUGGUCCUAGCUCUGGUGAAACGGCUGUUACCCUCCAUGACUGACUUGAUUCAGGCCUUUGUCCUUUGUUUAAGUGCCUUUUUUUUUUUUAUUUUAUUUCCCUACCCUCUUUAAACUGUUCUCAGAGAUCCUGAAGUGCUGGAAGGCAUUUUGGAGGAAAACCUUAAGCUUGCCAAUAUGGCUUUAUGCUGUUAUACUAUUUUUUCCCUUUUGUAAAGAAAAAAAAAGUGUGUAAUGUGUAACUUCAUAGCUGCUGUACCAUGGUGUUGGUUCUGUGUGCGUCUUCUUUCUCUCUCACACUCACACAUGUGCACACACACACAUAUACAGCAAUAUUCCUGAGAAACCUGUUCAUCCUCCUACAUUCUGCUGGCUCUGUUAAACACUUAAAAGGUGAACACCUGUGCAAAGAUGGCAGUACAAUAAAAGAGUGUGUGUGUGAGUGUGCAUAAAUGUGCAUGAGAGAAAGGAAGUGGCUAACGGGAAUGAAACUUCUUGCAUUUUUCUCUAAAGGUUAUAAAUUUGGAUCUUAAUUAGGUCACGAGUAAAACGUUAUGGGCCCUGUCUGGCAACCUUAUCGAAUACUGGACCACUUCACACAAUUACUGAGUCUGAGGCAAAGACGUGUGGCUGACAACCCCAAGGAGGUGGGGGGAAAGAAGGUUAAAAUAACAGCUUGCAACAAGUUUGAGCUGAGAUGAAUUGCAAGGAAUUGUGUGUGUGGUUAGUCACAUCUGCUUGACACCAGUUAUUGCAAGGAUUCUCACAUUCACCAAAGCUGUCACUUCUACCAUGCAUCAUUUGUAAGAAGGAAUUUGGUAAAACCUGUAGGAGUGCAGCUGCUAAUUGAUGUUAAACCUAGCUACACUUCACAUGCUGCCUAAAGCAUUCACCAUGAAGUACUUUUCUAGUUGUACUUUUUCUCAGUUUAUUGAGAUUUCAUUAAUGGUUUGUUCUCUUAACCCAUGAACUUGCUGUUCAUUAUAUUGUUAGCUGCAAGUGAACCCUCAUAAUAGUGUCUGUGCUUGUUUCCUCGUUCUCUGACAAAAUUAGCAAUCUGCAGUAGAUCAUCUAGUGAUUUUUAACAAUUCUGUGCUGAGGAUCUAACUAACUUAUGAUUAUUACAAACAUGCAUACCUGAAAUUAGCAAUAAAUUUGUUGAUCGAGUGCUAAACUUAAGGUAACAUACAUAUGCAUUGCUAGACUGUGCUAGUUCUGUGAUGUGCUUCCCCUGGGGAAGAGCUAAUUUUGAGUUGCAGUAUGAAAAGGAAACAUUUUACUUUCCAGAAUGGGAAUGGAAUGAAGAGUCCUUCAUAGGUGAACUGAUCUAGAGAGCAGAAAAUAAGAUACCAAAUACAGUAUAUUCCUGCAGCAGAGAAUAGCCUAACUGCUAUCUCAGUUCUUGGCUUCUCUUCGCACGUUUGAGUGAACCUGUUUAUGUAAACUAGGCCAUAGGCGGAUUUCCUCUACUGAUCUAAUGGUGCCAGUCAAAGAGAGGACUAUUGCUGGCAGCUCAGCCAGUUGGAGCGAUAGUGAGGGUGCUUCUUAAUCUGCCUUAGGUGCAUCAGUGAAGUUACUUCAGUGGAGUUUGCCACAUCUGCCUGUGGCAGUAAACUGAGCUAUCCUGGAUCUUAUGUUGCUGUUUAAUUCAUUUUGGGCACACAUGAUCUUUAUACUAGGCUGAUCUGUGAGAUGGGGAAUCUACAGCUGGUGAUGAUGGUUGACUGUUGCAGUCUUUUUUAACAAAUGUAGCUGUUUUGAAAAUCUAUGUCUGUCUACUGCUUAAGAAAUCACUGCCAAAAUAAGCAGCUAGAAGUAUGCUCACUGGGCCACUGGAAAGAUAACCGUUAUGUAGGGGAAUGCUUGCUUUGUGGAAACUUCUGGUGUGGCUUCAUCAUCCUUUUUCUAUGACCUGGUGAUCUCUUGCUGCUGUAAUAGCCUUUUGGGGCCAUAGAAAGCCCUGCUGCUGCUAUGAGUUACGCUGAGAAAUCGGCAUGGCCUGGAACUGGCCCGAAACUGGGGAAGUACAAAGAUUCCCUACAGCUGUUUUUGCACACUUCUCGUAAAUAAAACUGUGCUAAUCUCAUCAGUAGUCAUAGAUAUAGGUCUGUAUUUUGUAGCCAUUUUUGACAGCUAUAAUUCUACAGAGCACCUCUGGAAAAAAGAAGAAUACAUGUUUUGUAUCUAGAAGUGAAUUUCAGUCUCUUCCCUUGCCAUCAUCUCCUGCUUAAAUAAUAACCAUUAACUACUAAGUUUUUCUUCAUGGUGAAGUAAUUCAAAGCAAGCAGUAUACACUAUGUUUGACUCCUGUCAUGCUCAAUACUAAGGGUUUGUUGGUUCUCGGUUUUGUUUUUGCCCAGCAGUGUGUGCAGAUGUAUUUUAUCAACAGAUAGUUAUGUUUGUUAUUGUCUAGUACCAAGAGAAAAAGGGAGGGAGAGAAUCAACCAAAACGAGUCAGGAAAUACCAUCGUACGCCAAACUUGAGUAGCUGCUGAGGCAGCCAGAGCUUCUUUGAGACUUAGCAGAUUUCACCUGGGGAGUGGGGGAAGAAACUUUCUUGUGUUCUCAGCUUUUUCCAGAUAAGGCCUUAGUUUGAUUAAUAGUCACUAAUGUCAACUAUGCAGAUAAGUAUUUACGUGUUUCAGUGUUACAUGCAUUCCUUCCCCCAGCUACCCCUCUUAACACAUGUUGAAGUUUUACCCAAAGAAAAUGGAAUAUUUUUUGAAUGUCUGUACUCCAGAAGUCUUUUUUGCUAAUGUGAAGAAAGUAAUUUGUAUUUUACAAAAGAAACCCUUUCACUGGUGCAACACCUAGUGUCAAGUGUCAUGAAGUUGCUUCGAGAGGGAAGCUAAAAUCACCUCUUGUGACAGGUUUUAGUCUGAGAGUUUUUUAGAAUAUUCAGCUCUCAAAAUUGGUUUAAGAAGCCACAGCAAUGUUUUUUAAUGUACAGAUUGGAUUUGGGGAGAAACUAAUGAGACAUCCCAGGUUUCCUUCCAGUAUCAGAAGUGAAUUAAAUCAAUUUUUCACUUAAAUGAAGUUGCUUCUAAACAAGGGGAGUUAUCAGCUACACAGUAGCUGGAUCUUCAAAUAAAAGGUAAAUAGUGAUCCCCAGGUAUUGCUCAGUGAUCUUUUAGUCUUGUUGUAUGUAACUACAAAUAACAAUUUAGCUCUGAGGUGAGAACUGUAGUGUGUGUUUUAUUGCCGGUGAUCCCAUCAUGUAGCAGUUAGUACCAUGUUCUUGCAUAGUUCUCAAGAUCCAUACUGGAAGUCAAUGGAGAAAUUUUAUUUUUGGACUACUGUUUAAAAAACUUACAAAAUUAACUACUGCUUUUUACCCCCAAAAGUCUACUGAGCAGUGUUAUAUUUUAGCAGUUAAACUAGUACCCUUGUUAUGUGAUUUGUCUCUUGUAGUCUUCUUUUACUGAGGGUUAGAAGCAUUUCAUGAGUAAUCCUUAAAAUGUUGGCAUUCUCUAGCUUAAAGUCAGGUGCUUAUAAUAAAGGGGCAUCUGUGAUGAUAACCUCUGAUGAUACAAAAGCACUAUGUUCAGAAUAUUUCAUUGGAAAAAAAAAAAAAACAAAACACAAAAUAGGUGUGGGCGCAAUUCCCUUUAGUUCUGCCAGAUAAAGAGGCUCAGUCAGGAACAGAACAUCCAACUACCUGCCUGCAUGGCUAAUGGUAGUGGGGAUCAUUCCCUCAACAGAGGUUUGGCCUCAGUAUCCUUUGUUUAGUGUCACUUUUAGUGUGUGUGUGUGUGUGUGUAUAUAUAUAUGUAUGUAUAUAUAUAUAUAUAUAUAAGAGCAAGUUUGGAUAUAGCCAGCUUAACUCUACCUGACUUGCUGUGAUCCCCAAGACAAAGGCUGAGAAACAGAUGUAUGGAGUGUUUUCCUGCCUUUCACUAGGUAGCUCAGAACAAACAGCUGGCCAUGUGUUUUGUUAUAAAUGAAUGUUAAAUCUCAGCUAGAAUUCUUUGCAUUCCUCAGCUUCAAACAAAGGAAUGCACAGUUACUACGAGAUGGCAAACCUGUUUGAGUUGGUGAUUCCUGUGAUGCUUUACUCAGUCCAGCAUGAAUUUGUAGAAGGUCAUCUUCCACCUUUUAAUACUCGUGUAUUUCGGAUCAUAGGGCUUAGUGAUGGAGAGAGGAUCCUAACAGCUGUGUGCUUACCUGAUGAGCUCUCCAGAGAAACUCCCCUGUGAAAUGCUCCCCUCUUGUGACAGCAAGCCUGAACAACCAAAUGCAGCUACAUUCGGGUAGUUAGCACCACUUUCAUUUGGAUUUCUAGGGAGGUGUGUUCCAAUAACUUCAAGGGAUACUGUGUUUUAAAUGUGUGAUUUCAUUCCUCUCUCCUUAUAAAACUGAACCUGAACGCAAGUUUUGAGUUGUUGGGGUUUUUUGUAAUAAUCUCAGGACCUGAAAGAUUGUAGCAUUUAGUGUGUCUUAAAAAUGAUGUACUGUACCAGCCAUGGAUUUUUGUAAAUACACCUGUCUCCCUUUUUUCUAUUUUAAUUUUUUAAAAGUGUGUAAGGCUCUUUGCUGGAGGAACUGGUGCCUGCUUAAUUUCCAUCCUGAACGGAAGCAGGAAAAGGAAGAAGCUGCUGCCACAAAAGCCCGCAUCAGUUCCAAAUGUGUGUAUUGUUCUGGUCAGCUUAAUGGCUGUUAAGUCUUUUGUUAGUUGGGAAGCGGGUUUGUUCCCCCGCGCCUUCCCAGUUGGGGCUAGCAGAGCCCUAGCAAGGAGACUAAUUUUAACUCUCUUCUGUGUGACUGCUUUAUGUGUUCACUCCUUCCAGAUACUCAGGUUUGCUAUCCCUGAGAAGUCGGAUGUUUUCAGAGGUCAGGACUAUUGGCCCUCUGCAAGAACAGCUGGAGAGCAUUUCUCAUUUUACCAGUGCUUUGCUCCAAACACAGUUACAGGGUUUGUAUCCUGCAAACCUUGCAGAUGAUGCCACCUCCGCCUGUUCCGAGAGGGACUUGCCCUUUUUUUUUCUGCUUUCCUGAAUGGAGUGCAAAGAUGUUUUUUGGCAGCAGACUUUGCUCUGGGAUCCAACCUUGCCAGCAGACCCCUGUUCUGCCGUAAGAGCCUUACUCAACUUGGCGUAACUGUUCCCUGUCCCUAACUGCGACAGGCUUUUUUUCAUGAGUGUACUUUUUUUUUGUCAUGUGUCUGUGCUGUAUUAAAUAAAGAGGAAUGUACAUACUA